AACUCGACAACCUGAUUUUAUGGACAUCAAUAACCCUCCUCUUCUCUAUCUUCCACGUGUCCCACACCAACGACUCCGAUCUCUCUCUCGUCACAGUUUCCAAUUUCCAAAUCCCUCCCUACAACCUCAUCCCCGACUCAUUUUCUUAAGGUUAAUUCCGUACUUUCCCAUCCGAGACCACAAUUCACGUAAUUUCGUGUUCGAAGAGGGUUAAUUUGGUAAUUGCAUUAAACUUUGUUACUAGAAGAUAUGCAAAGGGAUAUUUGUCAGACAAGUCCAAAUAUUUCUUCUGUGCUUUUUACUUUGUCGCAAACUCUUCACUGACGCCAUUUUUUUCCUUGCAAAACUUCGCUGGAAUCUCUAUGAGUAUAUAAACUAAUAUAAUAAAUCGGAUUCAGUUCCGAGCUUUCUAAAAGUUCGCUUUCAUUUUUAUUUAAAUUUUGAGGCGAAAUUGUUGUGAGUAAUGCAAGACAUCGACUCGAUCGGAGGUGGCCGUUUAUUUAGCGGCGGAGGUGGAGGAGGAGGAGAGAGAAGGUUACGACCGCACCACCACCAAAACCACCAAACACUUAAGUGUCCACGCUGCGACUCUCUCAACACGAAAUUCUGUUACUACAACAACUACAACCUCUCUCAGCCACGUCAUUUCUGCAAGAGCUGCCGUCGUUACUGGACAAAAGGUGGCGUCCUCCGUAACGUCCCCGUCGGCGGUGGUUGUCGCAAAGCCAAGCGCUCGAAAACCAAACCUUCAUCCGAAACCACCUCAGCCGCUGCCGCGGUCUCUGUGCUGCCACAUCCAGAGCAACAACAGGAGCAACACCGUAAUAAACGUAAACCGAAUUCUCGUUCUAGCAGCGACAGUUCGAGUCUUACUGCAGCUAAUUCUAACGUUGUAGUGACGAAUAGCAAUAACAACAACAACAACAAUAAUAGUUCUGCUGCUGGCGGAGCGGAGGCGGUGUCGGUAGUAACAUCUCAUUCUAACUUGAUAAAUGUAAGCGAUUCUAAGUUUUAUGGAAACCCUAAUACUUUAGGGCUCGAGCCUGGAUUGCUGGAACGAGGAUCGGACUGCGGGAUAUUUUCGGAGAUUGGGACUUUUACGAGCUUGAUUACUUCAUCAAUCAAUGAAACGUUGUCGUUUGAUUUCAGUACAGUAUUAAAUGGGCAAGGACUUGAGCAAGGACAGUGGCAGGAGCAAAAGAUGAUGAGCAUGGGAGGGGAGGCAAUCACCGGGGGAUUGCUUGAUCAGACGUUUCAGGUUGAGCUAUCAAAUUUGCAUAGUAAAUCGGAGAGUGGAUUUGGAACGUUGGAUUGGCAAGAGAGUGGAGAUCAAGGGUUUUUCGAUCUUUCUAACGCUGUCGAUCACACAUAUUGGAGUCAGAAUCAGUGGAAUGAUCAAGAUCAUCACACCCUCUAUCUCCCGUAAAUUACAUCCUACCCUUGUUUUUUUUUUUUCCUUAAAUUAUUUAUUUACUACAAAAAUGAAAAAAAACUCUCAUUAAAAAUAAAAAAUAAAAAGGAGAAAAAAAAUCAAAGAAGGCUUCAAGGCUUAAUUAAAGAAAUCGAAGAGAGUUCCUCUUGUGUAAAUUUUUUAAUAUUUUUUCUUUUUUGGCAUUUAAGUUUUUAUUUUGUUAAAUUUUUAAUAUUUUCUUUUUUGGGUGAAGAUUUGUUUCUGAUGUACGUGGAAUUAAAUUAAUCAAAUAUAGAGAAAAAUGUAGCGUUCUGGUUUCCUGAUUGAUAGUUGUAUUUGUAGCUUUGUGCAUGGUAAUGAUAAUAACGGCAAUCAUAAUCAGAGUCGCUAAUCUCAGUUUUAAUUAUUAAUUAGUUAAAUAAAUGAGCUUUUAUUAGCUUAAA